UUAUGCUUUCCUUAUAAUAAUCUAUAUGCAUGAUUCAGGCCACGCUGCGACUUGAGCUUCUUUUACUGCAAUCUUCACAUUAUCGCAGUCAAGGCACUAUUUAUUGGUUUUCGAAAUCGUAAGUAAAGGUUGGAGAAGUUUGGGUAUGUUAUUUGCAACAAACGUUGCCGGCUUGAGUAUGUUACAACACAAAAUGUAUUGUGACGAUCUUGAAACGUUGAAGCCUCAACAUUUCACGCUUGGCUGGCGCAAUUGUAACCGAUUACAAGAGCAACGGCUGCCCAAAGAUUUAAUUACAGGCCUCAUUAGGCGGCAUCGCAUGGGCGGUGGACUGCCUAGCAUAACAUUUCAUUGGGGCCUAUCUGGCAGUUGUUGGGCGCAGUUUAUCCCCAGACUUCAGUGUGCACAGUUGCUCGAAAUGUCUACACUGAUUUUGCUGUUGCUAUUGUUGCUGGCCGCCAGCUCUGCGGACAUGCAGCAGGAUGCGGAGGACGAUUAUGAGGCACAGCCGGAGAACUUUGAUGGACGGUCUUUCUUCUUUCUGGGCACCUUGUUUCGACGUUGGCGCGAUCGCUGGUUGGCCUUACAGAAUCCUGCACCGCUCUAUGCGGGCGCUGCUUUCCCACUCAAUGGUUAUUUCAACUGUCCGUCUUAUGGCUGCAAUCCUGCGGCCAUUGGACCACAACCGGGCGGCUUCUAUCCUACCUACUACGUUUCGCCGCUACAGCAGCAGCAGCAGCAGCAGCAACAGGCGCAAGGCAACAGCAAUGUGUAUAUAUAUCAGACCGAUCAGAAUACCGGCAGCUCUGUGGCCAGUCCGCCCUAUGGUCCCGGCUUCUUUGGGCCUGCUCGGCAGCCCACCCCGCUGGCACCGCCUGCGCCGCGUCCGCUGCCAUUGCCGCCACCAGCAAUGCUGCCACCGGCCACGCCGCCGCCUCAAGCGAGCGCCAGCAGCUUUGGAUUUGGAGCUGGACCUGUUCCGGUUCCUGGGUGUGGACCCAACCUAUCGUCAUGUGCUUUCGGCUAAGCAGCCUCGCCUAAGUAAACAACGCAGACAAAGUAAAAGAAAACAAUACAAUUUUAAUUGAAAAGCGUGCAACAAAAAAGGAAAACAAAAAUUCACAAGAAACGAAAUUCUUAGCUCCUAGCUAAUGAAUUUUAGUUACUCUUUCUUAGUCCUGGACUUAAGCAAAAACAGUUUGUGACUUGAGUUAAAUGUUAUAUGAUUAAAAUUUUGGAUUUGACAGACAAGACCUUCAAUUCAAGGCA